AUGGCAAAUUCCAGAAGAACUGAAGAGAUGCAAGAAAAUUAUGAGAAAUGGGUAAUUGUUUCCCAGCUGCCUGAAGUGGGAAAGCAAGCUGUUGGAUCCAUUGAGAUGUUCCGCUUUGCUGAUGGACUGGACGUCAUAUUCAUGAUCCUGGGAAUACUGGCAUCACUGGUAAAUGGAGCCUGUCUCCCUUUAAUGUCACUGGUUUUAGGAGAAAUGAGUGAUAACCUUAUUAGUGGAUGUCUAGUCUAAACCAACACAACAAAUUAUCGGAACUGUAAUCAGUCUCAAGAAAAGCUGAAAGAAGACAUGACUGUGUAAGUUGACUGGUAUUAUGUUGGAAUAGGAGUUACUGCCUUGAUUUUUGGCUACAUACAGAUUUCCUUUUGGGUCAUGACUGCAGCAGGACAGACCAAGAGAAUUCGAAAGCAGGUUUUUCAUUCAGUUUUGGUGCAGGACAUCAGCUGGUUUAAUGGCUGUGACAUCAGUGAAUUUAACACUCGCAUAACUGAUGACAUCAACAAAAUCAGCGAUGGUAUUGGAAACAAGAUUGCUCUGUUAUUUCAAAACAUGCCUACUUUUUCUAUUGGACUGGUGAUUGGUUUGGUGAAGGGCUGGAAACUCACCCUAGUGACUUUGUCCACAUCUCCUCUUAUAAUGGCUUCAGUGGCAGGGUGUUCUAGGAUGGUCCUCCCAUUGACCAGUAAGGAAUUAAGUGCCUAUUCCAAAGCUGGGGCUGUAGCAGAAGUCGUCUUGUCGUCAGUCCAAACAGUUGUAACCUUUGGGGCACAAGAGAAAGAAAUUCAAAGGCAUACACAGAAUCUAAAAGAUGCAAAGGAUGUUGGCAUAAAACAAGCUAUAGCUUCGAAACUGUCUCUUGGUGCUGUGUACUUCUUUAUGAAUGGAACCUAUGGACUCACUUUUUGGUAUGGGACCUCCUUGAUUCUUAGUGGAGAAUCUGGUUACACCGUUGGGACUGUUCUUGCUGUUUUCUUUAGUGUAAUCCACAGUAGUUAUUGCAUUGGAGCAGCAACCCCCUACUUUGAAAACUUCCCUAUGGCCCGAGGAGCUGCCUAUAUUUUCCAGGUUAUUGAUAAGAAACCCAGUAUAGAUAACUUUUCAACAACUGGAUAUAAACCUGAAUGCAUAGAAGCAACCGUGGAAUUUAAAAAUGUUUCUUUUCAUUUUCCAUCAAGACCAUCUAUCAAGAUUCUAGAAGGUCUGAAUCUUAAAAUCAAGUCUGGAGAGACAGUAGCCUUGGUUGGCCCCAGUGGCAGUGGGAAGAGCACAGCAGUCCAGCUUCUGCAGAGAUUAUACAAUCCUGACGAUGGCUCUGUAAAUCUGGUGGAUGAGAAUGACAUCAGAGCUUUAAAUGUGCAGCAUUAUCGAGAAUAUAUUGGAGUCGUCAGCCAAGAGCCUAUUUUGUUUGUGACCACCAUCAGGAACAACAUUAAGUAUGGACGAGAUGGUGUGACUGACGAAGAGAUUGAGAAGGCAGCAAAGGCGGCAAAUGCUUAUGAUUUUAUAAUGGAGUUUCCUAAUAAAUUUAAUACAUUGGUGGGAGAAAAAGGAGCUCAAAUAAGUGGAGGGCAGAAACAGAGAAUCACAAUUGCUCGAGCUUUAGUUCGAAACCCCAAUCUGAUCUUAGAUGAGGCUACAUCUGCCCUAGAUACAGAAAGUGAAGCAGUUGUUCAAGCUGCACUGGAGAAGGCAAGCAAAGGUCAGACUACGAUUGUGGUAGCACACCGACUUUCCAGUACUCGAAGUGCAGAUCUGAUUGCGACCAUAAAGGGUGGGAUAGUAGUGGGAAAAGGAAGACAUUUUGAACUAAUGGCAAAACAAGGUCUAUAUUAUUCACUUGCAAUGUCACACAUGUUUGAAAAUGAUGAUAAAACCACAUUAAAGUAUGAUGCAGAAAUUUAUUCCAUGAUAUUGCCAUUUUGGGUGUUAUUUUGCUUUGUCAGUUAUAUCAUGCAGGGAUUGUUUUAUGGCAGAGCAGGGGAGAUUUUAACCAUGAGAUUAAGACAGUUGGCAUUUAAAGCCAUGUUAUAUCAG